UCCAGCUGUGCCCCCCCCCCCCCACAGUGUGUGCAGGGACACUGAAUGGGCUGAGCGUGACGGGCGACGCGCAGCACCAGUACCGAACGCUGCACAAAAUGUACAACAACUGCGAGAUCGUGAUGGGCAACCUGGAGAUCGUCCUCAUCGACCACUCACAGGACUUAUCCUUCCUGCAGACCAUCCGGGAGGUGACCGGUUACAUCCUGAUUGCCAUGAACGUUUUCUCCACGCUUCCCCUUCGCAACCUGCGCGUCAUCCGCGGGACUCAGUUCUACGAAGAGAAAUACGCUCUCUUUGUGCUGCUCAACUACAACCCCAACACCACGCACGCGCUGCGCCAGCUGGGCCUCAACCACCUCACAGAGAUCCUGGCAGGUGGUGUCUAUAUAGAGAAGAACGAGCAGCUGUGCCACGUGGACACGGUGGAGUGGAGGGACAUCAUGAGGGACCCCCGGCUGGAGCCCGUGGUGGGGGACAACGGCAGAGCGUGUGCCCCGUGCCAUGAGAGCUGCGGAGGGCACUGCUGGGGUCCAGGCCCUGAGGACUGCCAGCAGUUGACAAAGACCAUCUGUGCACCGCAGUGCAACGGGCGCUGCUUCGGGCGGGCACCCAAUGAAUGCUGCCAUGAGGAGUGUGCGGGGGGGUGCACCGGGCCCCUCCAAACCCAUUGCUUCGCGUGCCGACACUUCAAUGACAGCGGUGCCUGCGUCCCCCUGUGCCCCCAGCCUCUCAUCUACAACAAACUGACCUUCCAGCUGGAGCCCAACCCCGACACCAAGUACCAAUAUGGCAGCGUCUGCGUGCGGAGCUGCCCCCAUAACUUCGUGGUGGAUCAGAGCUCGUGCGUACGCGCCUGCCCCAGCAACAAGAUGGAGGUGGAGAAGAAUGGGAUGAAGAUGUGUGAGCCGUGUGCUGGGCUGUGCCCCAAAGCCUGUGAAGAACCGGUGCCGCACCAUUACCUCAAACAGUGGAUUCCAGGCAACAUUGACGCUUUGUGGAAACUGCACCAAAUCCUGGCAACCUGGACUUCCUCAUCACCGGCCGGAGGGGACCCCUGGCGCAACAUCUCAGCGCUGGACCCUGAGAAGCUGAAUGUGUUCCGCCACAGUGAGGAGAUCACAGGGUACCUCAACAUCCAGUCGUGGCCGAAGCACAUGCACAACUUCAGUGUCUUCUCCAACCUGGAAACCAGGGGACGGAGCCUUUACAACCGGGGUUUCUCCCUUCUCAUCAUGAAGAACGACAAUGUGACGUCCCUGGGGCUGCGUUCCCUGCGGGAGGUGAGUGCAGGACGGGUUUAUAUCACUGAGAACCGUCGUCUGUGUUACCUGCACACCGUGCAAUGGGCUGCUCUAUCCCGGCGUCGAUCUGACCUGGACAUCCGUAACAACAAACCACGUGGCAAAUGCCAGCAAGAGGGGAAGGUGUGCGACCCGCUAUGCUCUGCUGAUGGCUGCUGGGGACCUGGCCCUGCUCAGUGCUUGUCCUGCAGACACUACAGCCGCCGUGGGGUCUGCGUGGAGUCCUGCAGCUUCACCCAGGGUGAGACACGGGAGUUCGCCGAAGGGACCGAAUGCUUCGAGUGCCACCCGGAGUGUGAGCGUGUGGAGGGUGGCAUCACCUGCAACGGCUCAGGUGCUGAUACCUGCACCCGCUGUGCCCAUUACCGUGAUGGACCCCACUGCGUGGAGCGCUGCCCCGAAGGGAUCCUGGGUGAGCGUGGCCCCAUCUACAAGUACCCGGAUAGCAGCCAGGAGUGUCGGCCCUGCCAUGAGAACUGCACCCGUGGGUGCACAGGGCCACUGCUGCGGGACUGUCUGGGGGAUGCGCUGCCCAGUGCCAGGAGGGCCCCCACAGUGAUCGCAGUGCUGGUGGUCGGGGGGCUCUUCCUCUUCUGCUCCUGCGUCCUGCUCUCCCUGCUCUAUUGGCGUGGCAAGAAGAUCCAGAAGAAGCGGGCGAUGCGGCGCUACCUGGAGCGGGGUGAGAGCCUGGAGCCUCUGGACCCCAGUGAGAAGGCCAACAAGGUGCUGGCUCGUAUCUUCAAGGAGACGGAGCUGAAGAGGCUGAAGGUUUUGGGCUCGGGGGUGUUUGGCACCGUGCACAAGGGCAUCUGGAUUCCGGAUGGUGACUCCAUCAAGAUCCCAGUGAGCAUCAAAGUGAUUCAGGACUGGAGCGGGCAGCAAUCCUUCCACUCUGUCACUGAUCACAUGUUGGCCAUUGGCAGCUUGGACCACGCUUACAUUGUGAGGCUGCUGGGCAUCUGCCCCGGCCCCCAGCUUCAAUUGGUGACACAGCUGCUGCCAUUGGGCUCCUUGCUUGACUACGUGCGUAAAAACCGGGGCAGCAUCAGCCCUCAGCUGCUGCUCAACUGGUGUGUGCAGGUGGCCAAGGGGAUGUAUUACCUGGAGGAGCAUCGCAUGGUGCAUCGCAACCUGGCGGCUCGUAACGUGCUGCUCAAGUCACCCAGCCAGGCACAGGUGGCUGAUUUUGGCAUCGCUGAUCUGCUCUACCCUGAUGACAAGAAGUAUUUCUACAAUGAGGUCAAGACACCCAUUAAGUGGAUGGCGCUGGAGAGCAUUCAUUUUGGGAAGUACACACACCAAAGUGAUGUGUGGAGCUACGGAGUGACACUGUGGGAGAUGAUGACGUUUGGGGCUGAGCCAUAUGCUGGGAUCCGCUUACCGGAGGUUCCUGACCUGCUGGAGAAGGGCGAGCGACUGCCACAGCCCCACAUCUGCACCAUCGAUGUCUAUAUGGUGAUGGUGAAAUGUGAGUGGGGGGCACUGUCUUGGCAAUGGGGGGGGGGAGGCUGCUCACAGCCCCCACCCCACUAUCAUCCUCUGUGGUUGCCCCCAGGCUGGAUGAUCGAUGAGAACAUCCGUCCCACCUUUAAGGAGUUGGCCAAUGAAUUCACCCGCAUGGCACGCGACCCCCCCCGCUACCUGGUCAUCAAGCAGGAAAGUGGGGCCGUGCCGCCCGCCGAGCCCCCCACCCUGAGCGACAAGGAGCUGGAUGAGAUGGAGACGCUGGAGCUGGAGGAGGAGGAGCUGGAUGUGUCCUUCGGCCUCUGCCCCCCCCGGCCACGGGGCAGCUGCACCCGGAGCCCCAGCCUGCUGAGCCCUCCAGCUGGAUACAUCCCCAUGAACCAGCCUGGCCUCGGCAGCCGACAGGGCACUGGGACCCGUCCACCACGUCGCAGCCGCCAGGAAUCUGUGGGGAGGACGGUAUCAGAAUCAUCCGAGGGUCGGGGCACGGCCUCAGAGUUGGACCUGGCCGAGGGGCUGUCGCUGUCGGGCAGCCUCUGCCGCAGCCUUCGCUCCAGGGGGGACAGUGCCUACCUGUCCCAAAGGGAGAGCUUCCCUCCCCCACCCCCCAGCUCUGAGGGCAGCGAGGAGGACGCCAAUGGCUACGUCACACCCAGCUGCGCCGGACGGGAACCAGAGCCCACAGGGGGCUCAGUACCAGAGCUGGACGAGGAGUACGAGUACAUGAACCGGCAGCCUGGAGCCUCCCUACAAGCCCCCCCACCACGGCCAGCAUCGCUGGAGGAGCUGGGCUACGAAUACAUGGAGGUGGGCUCAGAGCUGGGCAGCCCCACAGGGCCCCCCCUGGGCCGUGGGGAGGAGGAGGAGGACUACGAGUACAUGAACAAGCAGCCGCGGCUGAGCCGCUCGCUGGGCAACAUGGUGGGGGGGCUGGGACCCCGGCAUGAGGGCUGCCCCCCCCGACACGACGGCUACACUGACAUGAGGCCUGGGGAGCCCACCCCGGCCCCAGCUGAGGAGCAGGGCUAUGAGGAGAUGGAGGCGGUGCUGGCCCCCCGUGGCCCUCCCUGCCCCGGCUGCCGCAGCCCCCCCGGACCCCCUCCAACCUGCAUGAAGCCCCUGCGCAGCCUUGAGGCCUCAGACUGUGCCUUCGACAACCCCGACUACUGGCACAGCCGCCUCUUUGCUAAGGUGGAUGCCCAGCGGACUUAGAGACCCCCCCCCCUCAGCUGUUUACACUGGAUAUGAAGGAUCAUCCCCCCUACACUGGUGCUGGAUGGAGGGUGUGAGACAAAGCCCCAUGGGAGACAUGAAGAAUGGGAUUGAGGGGGGGGGAGGGCAGCCCUGCCUGGGUUUGGGGCUGAUUCUGAACCCCCCAUUGGGAGGGGGGGCUUGGACCCCUCCCCUCAUUACUGCCAUACCCCAGGGCUAUUCCCAGCACCCCCCUACCCAUGGUGCUCCCCAUGUGCACGGCUGCAGCAGCAGGUCCUGGCUGGGGUCGGGGGUCCCUGCUUUGAGUUGGGGUCCCUGCUUUGGGGUUGGGGUUGGGGGCCCUACCUGUGGGGUUGGGGUCCUCCCCUCAUUACUGCCAUACCCCAGGGCUAUUCCCAGCACCCCCCCCCCCCAUGGUGCUCCCCAUGUGCAGGGCUGCAGCAGCAAGUCCUGGCUGGGGUUGGGGGUCCCUGCUUUGGGGUUGGGGAUCCUGCUUUUCAGUUGGGGUCCCUGCUUUGAGUUGGGGUCCCUGCUUUGGGUUGGGGUCCCUGCUUUGAGUUGGGGUCCCUGCUUUUCAGUUGGGGUCCCUGAUUUGGGGUUGGGGGCCUUACCUGUGGGGUUGGGGUCCUCCCCUCAUUACUGCACAUACCGCCAGGCUUAUGCCCAGC